AUGGACUCCGACGCCGCCGUGCUCCCCACGCACACCGCGACCACGCCGGGCUCCUCCAACCACUCCAAGAACCAGGCCGACGAGCUUCGCAGCCAGAUCCGCCGGCGCCGGCGCCGCUGCGUCUGCGUCUGCCUCCUCGUCUCACUGGGCGCCGCCCUGCUGCUGGGAAUCACCCUCUUGGUCCUCUUCCUCACCGUGCUCCGCGUCCGCGACCCCACCACGCGGCUCGUCUCCUCGCGGGUCAUCGGCUUCGUCCCGGGUCCGGGCCCCGAGUUCCAGUUCAACCUCACCAUGCUCCUCACCGUCGACGUGCACAACCCUAACCUGGCGUCCUUCUCGUACGCGUCGGGGUCCGUCCAGCUCUUGUACCGGGGCGUCCUGGUGGCCGUCGCCGCCGUCGACCCCGGCCGCAUCCCCAGCAAGGGGGACGGCACCAUGGAGCUGGUGAUGACGGUGAUGUCGGGCAGCUUCGGCGCCGAGCUGACGCAGCUGGUCAAGGACAUGGAGGCCGGCGCGGUGCCGCUGGACGCCAGCGCCAGGGUGCCCGGGAAGGUUGCGAUCUUCAGCGUGCUCAAGCUGAGCGCGGUGGCGUACUCUGACUGCCACAUCAUCUUCGGCGUACCAGAGAUGAAAGUCCAGAGCCAGGUGUGCCACGACCACACCAAGCUCUGAUCGGAUCCACUGCCGGGGUCUCCGAUUCGCUGCUCGAGUUCCCUUUGCAUUGGCUUUGUUCUAAAUUACCUAAUUUUAAGAGUUUUUAAAAAUAUAUAUUAAAAUAUAUUUCGU